CUCAAUGGAUAAAAGGAAUAUUUUCUAUCUUUUAUAUCUUUUCAGCCUAGCGAUGGCAGUCAAAUGGCCUAGAGGGACAUACACUUUAAUCAAACCUAAAUCUGGUUGUCCAUCCAACUGGCUGGAGGGAUGGCGGGACCAGGACGACGAAGAUGGCGAUAAUGAAAAUUCGAUGACGAUUGGGCAUCACUUCUUUGGUUCCUUUGGCAGAAAUAUGAAGUUCUACUACUGUACCAAAGAUCCCAAUGACAUAAACGACGAGGGGUUCUGGCCAGCUGGAAACUACUGCAUUUUAAAACAAGGACAUACGUGUCCGCCGAGAGGAUUUCUAAAUGGAAGUAUACAUUGGGAUGACGAGGAUUCUAGAAAUAAAAACUCGUAUGGAGGAGUUCUACCCAGCGGAAGUUAUGAUAGAAAUACAAGGAUUGAAUAUUGCUGCAGGAAAGACGGUUCAUAUACCAGGGAAAUAGUACUUCCAACGGCACAACCAUUUUAUUUGAUGAGAUUUACUUCCCCUUGUCAACUUGUGAAAGGAAUGUACGUCAGAGAAGAACACGUGCAUUUUGAUGACGAAGACCACAACAACAAAAACUGGGUAUCCGGAAGUCACCCCUAUGGUGCCGGAGGAAGAAACACUGACCUGUAUUACUGCUAUUAUUCUCCUUUGUAAAAGAAAAAAAUAUAUUCAUUUAAGGGGGAUGUACGGCCACCUUUAGUGCUGUGAGAACAAAAUGUAAACAUUUCUUCAAAUGGCUAAAAUACAUCAUAUUUUGAUCAAAUUUUAAGUCCUUAUGAUAAAGAUACAAUAAAUAUUCAUAACUGAAUGCAUGUUGUGCAUAUAUAAUCUAUACUUUUUCAGA